AUGGCUUGGAGAAGUGAAGAUCGGCAAGUAGAUGGGAUUUUGUGGAGGCACGAUGGCGCGGCGACUGCGGUCGGCCGAUUGUUGGAAGUGGGACGACGGGACAUACCGUUCUUCUUCUUGGUCACCAGCGACGCCGUAUUGGAGCUGCGGCAGAUGAUAAGAAUCAUGCCCUCUUCGCCGGAAGUCCAAGAGCCAGUUGCAGCUGGUGACGGGAGACGGUUCGUCGGCCACAUUCUUUUCCGGCGAACGUCGUUCCAUCUCUACAACCAUCGCUCCAUCUCGGCCGCAUCACUUUCUGGCGGAACACACAGUGAACCCAGCCACCACCAGAUGCUCGACCACCCCCGGCGGCCAUCGCUAAAGCCGUCGAUCCCUCUCGACCGCAUCCCUUUCCGACAGCCGUCACCUCUGGCGACAACAACCGGAGAAUUCCUAGACGCACGACAGCGGUCGAGAGAAGUGGCACCGUGGAGGCCCAAUCAUAAAUCUGAAAAUCAAUCCACUGUUCUUGCCCAGGCCGUCGUCGAGGAACUUACCCUACUGCCACCGGAAGACCUCACACAGUCCGACGACCACCUUUCCGAUGACUUACUCUCCGCCGCCGACAUGCUGGCACUCGCCGUGACGGCCAAAGUGAAACUAGACUGGCUAGUCAUCGUGGAGCUCGACGGGACAGUUUCAGAGGCGGAGAUGAUAACAGCGGCGACGGGAUGGGCCGGGAAGAUGGCGGUAGCGGACUGA